AGUAAAACACACGAAGAAGAAGGAAAAUCGGACCGGAAACGACGAUCAUGGCGGAAGUUAUCGCAGUAAAACAACAACGCGCCAAAUUUGUGCUAUUCACUGUUGUCAUUGCCUAAGACACAUGAAGAAGUUUGUCGAAUCUUUGUGAUUAUACUUCGCUAGGAGACGCUGCUGGCUAAGGAAGGCUGUGCAGCCUGACAAGCACUGGGUGUUUCUGUCUUUAGCAUGGCUGUGCCUUUUGUGCAAGACUGGGACCUUGUUCAGACACUGGGAGAAGGAGCCUAUGGAGAAGUGAAGCUGCUGGUGAACAGACAGACAGAGGAGGCGGUAGCAGUGAAGGUGAUCGAUACCUCUCAGGCUAAAGAGUGUGCUGAAAAUGUGAAGAAGGAAGUCUGCGUCCAUAAGAUGCUCAACCACGCCAACAUCGUUCGUUUUUUUGGCCAUCGGAAGGAAGGUGUAACUAUGUACCUCUUCCUGGAGUACUGCACUGGAGGAGAGCUGUUCGACCGAAUCGAGCCUGAUGUGGGGAUGGCGGAGAAAGAUGCUCAUAAAUUUUUCCAGCAGCUAAUAGCGGCUGUGGAAUACCUCCACUGUGCUGGCUUCACCCACAGAGACAUAAAGCCAGAGAACAUUUUGCUGGAUGACAAAGAUAACCUGAAGCUUACAGAUUUUGGCCUGGCCACCAUGUUUCGGUUCAAAGGACGAGAACGUCUUCUGAAUCGACUCUGUGGGACUCUUCCUUACGUUGCUCCAGAGCUUCUCAGCCAACCAGAGUACAAAGCUCAGCCAGCAGAUAUCUGGGCUUGUGGGAUUGUCCUCACUGCCAUGCUGGCUGGAGAGUUGCCAUGGGACCAGCCCAAUGAGAGCUGUCAAGAGUAUUCAGACUGGCUGCAAAAGAAGACAUACCUACCGCCUUGGAAGAAAAUACAACCAAUGCCUCUUAGUUUGUUGUCCAAAUUACUGCUGCCCAGUCCAGAUGCACGCAUCACUAUUGCAGACAUACAGAAAGACCGCUGGUUUACUCAAGGUGUGAAGCAACCACCUCUAGGCUCAGGAGGAAACAAACUUCUUCGAUCAGAUGUGGGACUCAUAUCCCGGGCCAACAGUGAUGACAGGAUGCAGUUUUCCAGCUCUCAGCCUGAUUUUGCAGCAGGUGGCUGGGAAGCCAUGUUGUUAAUCGGCCAAAGCGAUGGCCAAGUCAGCUUCUCUCAGCCGACCAAGCCGGAGCACAUGUUGCUGGGUAGUCAGCUCUUGGGCACACCGGGAGCAAGUCAGUCGCCGUGGCAGAGAUUAGUGCGGAGAAUGACACGUUUCUUUACCACUGUGAAUGCCGAUGUCUCCUUAUCUGCCCUGAAAGACGCCUGUGAAGGCCUGUCACUUGGCUUCAAACUCACCUGCACCAAACAGGUGAUGGUGAGCACACUGGACAAACGCAAUAACAAACUCAUCUUCAAAGUCCACUUGCUAGAGAUGAAUCAGAGAGUACUGCUGGACUUCAGACUGUCUAAGGGUGACGGUCUGGAGUUUAAGCGUCUCUUUGUGAAAAUAAAACAGAAGCUCGGUGACAUCAUCAGCACUCAGAAGAUUUUACCCCCCAUCACAUGAGCUGUUCUAUUGAUAUUUUAAAUAUAUCCUGCUGUUCUCUUUGUGUGUCUGUGUGUCUGUCUGUCUGUGUGUGUGUCUGUCCUUUUUUGAAGUUAACCGGUUAAGUGUUAGGGACCAGGCAGGCAGACAUUUUUAAAAAACUCGAGUUAAAUCCUUACCUAAAGGAGUUCAGAUUAGUGUUCGAAAGUCAUGAUUGUCAAAGUCAGGUACACAUAGGGAUUAGGCAAGUGUAUUGUGUGAUUUGUUCUGAUUAUGUUUGAAAUGACACAGUCCAGACUCUUGAAUAAAUUAUUAAAAGACCAACAUUGUGAGCUAAA